CAGGUUUAUGUCAUUUAUUUGUCUGAUAUUUGGUUUAAAUAUGGUUUGUUUAUUUAUGUUGAUUUGUUAGAUUUAAAAAAAAUAGGUAGGGUGAAGAAUAUGUCAAUGUCGUUUCAUCAUGCCCCAGAAAGUAAUCAAACUGCAAUAAACAUGUAUACUGCAAUAAUAAUUAUAUAUUCUAUCAAUCAGAAUUCCUUUAAGGCUUAUAGUACUCUUGCAAACUAUAUUUACUUUCAGGAUUCAAGAACAGUGAUUCAUCAAUGGGGGAUUUCUUCUGUGAUAUAUGUGACGUACAAUUUUCUUCAAAACAUAUUUACCUUUUACAUAUGCUUCAACCAGGACACAUAAAGAAAAGACGUUCUACAAAGUUAUGUAUACAAUGUGAAACAUGGAUACCUGAUACAGGUUUUAAGAAGCAUCUUUCAUCUAAGCAUGACUUCUCAGUUACGCAGUGUUACAUAUGUAAGGAAAAAUUACCAGUAAGAAUUAAAAGAAAAAAAAAUCAAUUGAAUUCAGCAGCUGAAAUGCAGAGACAUCUUUAUGAGAAACACAAACAACGUAAUUAUAAUUGUGAAUUUUGUGAUCAUACUUCUUUCACUUUGUUCUAUUUGAGGAAGCACAUCGUAAAUACACAUCAUCGUUGGAAGAUUCAACAAUGCAAAUUAUGCACCUUCACAUGUGGAGCUAAUCACCAAAUGCAAACCCAUAUGAGGAAAAACCAUAAAUUGGGUGCAUCAUGGGUCUGCAAUAAGUGUGGUGACACCUUUGAAUCAUAUAAAAUGAAAAUGGCACAUAAAGCAAGAAUGCACCCUACUUUGAUGACUUGUGAGUAUUGCGGUAAAGAACUUGACCGCAAAAAUAUGGACCAGCAUGUUCGAAUACAUACUGGGCAUAAGCCUUACAUCUGUGAACAUUGUGGAGUGAAAUUCGCACAGAAAAAUUCUCUCAAUUGGCAUAUGUCGUCCAAACAUUCUCACUUAAACGAAGAAAAAAAUAUUUCUAAAAAACUCAAAUCAACUGGAAAGAAGAAAAAGAGUAAAAGUUAAGGUUAAUAUUUGUUGUAUUUGUCAUAUAUUCUCUUAGAGGAGAAGCUAUAAUAUGGGAUUGAAAUCAAUCCUUUAGACGUUGACAUUAAUAUUUUAACACGGCUGGCUGGCAGGAAUGGUAUUCAGUUGUCAAAAUGUUACAUGUAUUUUAUAGGUAAACAUUGAAUUGAAAUAAUUAUAGAAUAAAGUGGAACUUUCAUUUCAAGGUGUAUGUUCACUCAGUGAUCACCUAUUAUUACAAGUGUGUGAGUAAUGACUCGACAAGAUCCGCAAAAUUCAAAAUGUCAAGGAAAGGUUUGUUUGUUUCUCUUUCCUUUACCACUGUAAUAUUAUUUUAACUACAAAUGGUAUUCCAUAUGCUGCAUAUGAGACUCAUUAUUCAUUCAUCAAAAACAACCCUGUAGUUGAUGCAAGCAAAGAUACAACGAUGAAUGAACAAACAGAUUCUCCAAUGAACGAUGAACUGACCCAGAUGAAAGGGAAAGAAGAUUCAGACAAACCAUGGAUCAUAAAGUGCUCAAAUGGAGCACUUCAGAGGGCUGGGAAUCAUUGAUAAUCAACGCUGUUGAAAUAUAAAUUUAUGCUUUUUUAAAAGGUUUCAUGUAGGAACUUAUGCCAAUAAAAUCAUGUAUGCCAAUAAAAUUGUGUAUGAGUCAAUUAGAAAAGAAAUUGAAAAAUCACAAAUGCCUGAAGGGAACCAAAGGGUGGUCACCUCCCUCUAAUUUUUAUUUUUUUAUAUUUU